GCAAUCGCCAAACUUGCUCUGUAUUUUCUUUUCAGACAGCUCUGAUUUACCAAAAUACCAACCAAGGCAUAUGCUUCGAUCUGCUUCCUUCCCACAUGACUAACACAACCAAAACCCUUUGUAGUUUCUCUUCCAUUUUUUUAAUCACGACCAACUUUUUUUGACCACUACUUAAUCAAAAGCACUUCUCAAAUCUCAACAAACCAACUUGCUUGCGCCCCAAGUCGGCUCCUUUUCAACUCCCAGGAUCUUGGAGAUCACGCAGCUCUGUCUAAACAAGAACCACAGUAAAUCGUCUUAAACCCUUCUGCUUCAUAAAGAUCACAUUUUUAUUGGUUUUCUCUGUUCAUGUUUCAAUGCUUAUCAAUGGUUGAGCAAGUGAUCAUUUGAUUCCGUUUAGAGGGUUUAAAGGGUACUUAUUAGUCUUAAUUGAGGGACUGAUACUUUCGAAAUGGCUUUAGAAAGGAUUGCUAGGACUGCUAGGAGUAGCUGCAGAAGGUCAGGAGGUGCCUUUGGUGGUCACAAAAGUGAAAAGGAUAUGUCCUCUGAGGGAGCAUCCACGCGCAAAUAUUGUUCCUUACCUUCACUUGAACGUGACACCAGAAAUAGCAAUUUUUCGUACCUUUCCAGCAUUCCAAAGGUGAAUCACAGUAGCUUUUGGAGCAGGGGAAUAAGGACAACCCCAAGUUAUCAAUUUCCAUCUGCAGAGAGGAUUGUUGAGGAGUCUGAUUUGGAGUGUAAUGAUCCCAAGUAUCCAGGUUUAGAGGCAACUAAGCCAGGUGAAAAGCCAAGAGUGGUUGUUCUUGGUACUGGCUGGGCUGCCUGUCGAUUCCUUAAGGGACUAGACACAAAGAUUUAUGAUGUUGUUUGCAUAUCACCAAGGAAUCACAUGGUCUUCACUCCCUUGCUUGCUUCAACUUGUGUUGGUACCUUGGAAUUCCGUUCAGUUGCUGAACCUGUCAGUCGUAUACAAUCUGCACUGGCAACAAAUCCCAAUUCAUACUUCUAUCUGGCUUCCUGCUUUGGCAUUGACACAAACAAACAUGAGGUGUACUGCGAGACAGUCAGCAACGGUGGUUUGCCUAAUGAACCUUACAGAUUCAAAGUUGCCUAUGACAAGCUUGUCAUAGCAGCUGGAUCCGAGCCCUUGACAUUUGGGAUCAAAGGUGUGACAGAAAAUGCAUUUUUCCUCCGAGAAGUGAAUCAUGCCCAAGAGAUUAGAAAGAAGCUUCUCUUGAACUUGAUGCUCUCGGACAACCCAGGCGUAUCAGAGGAAGAAAGGAAACGCCUCUUGCAUUGUGUUGUUAUCGGAGGUGGCCCUACCGGGGUGGAGUUCAGUGGUGAAUUGAGUGAUUUCAUCAUGAAAGAUGUCCGUGAAAGGUAUACUCAUGUUAAGGACUACAUCAAAGUCACCCUCAUUGAGGCUAAUGAGAUUCUGUCAUCCUUCGACGUUGGAUUAAGGCAGUAUGCAACCAAUCACCUGACCAAGUGUGGUGUUAGCCUUAUGCGAGGUGUUGUGAAAGAGGUGCAUGCAAAGAAGAUAGUUCUUAACAAUGGCACUGAUGUUCCAUAUGGCCUAUUGGUCUGGUCUACAGGCGUUGGUCCCUCACAGUUUGUGAAAUCACUUGAUCUUCCCAAGUCCCCUGGUGGAAGGAUCGGUGUUGAUGGGUGGUUGAGAGUUCCUGCUGUGGAAGAUGUGUUUGCACUUGGAGAUUGCGCAGGUUUUCUUGAAGAGACAGGGAAGCCAGUGCUUCCAGCUUUAGCUCAGGUGGCAGAAAGGGAAGGAAAAUUUCUGGUGGCGUUGUUUAACAGGAUUGGGAAGGAGGCAGGUAAGGCCAUGAGUGCAAAAAAUAUCUAUCUGGGAGAGCCUUUCGUCUACCAACACCUCGGAAGUAUGGCAUCCGUUGGAGGUUACAAGGCACUUGUUGAUCUGCGCCAAUCCAAGGAUGCAAAGGGCAUAACGCAUGCUGGAUUUGUUAGCUGGUUCAUCUGGCGCUCUGCUUAUCUUACCCGAGUUGUAAGUUGGAGGAACAGGUUCUAUGUUGCUGUCAACUGGGCUACCACGCUGGUGUUUGGCAGAGAUAACUCAAGAAUAGGUUGA